AUGUCACUGUCAAGUAAUAAUAAUAUAUCCAUAUCGUCAUUACUAGACUCUGGAUCAUCAUCAGAAGUGCAGCCGCAGCAACAAGGGACAAGAAAGUCGUCGUCGUCGCUGCUGGGAAAUAAUCGAAAUGGCACUCAACGAGCGGUACCAAUACUGGAAAUGGUAUCCAAAUACAAAACGUCAAUUAAUUUAACCAAUGAUGAUCCUGAUAUUAUUGUUAUUAGUGAUACUCCAACUCCCCGAGGAUCAAGGAAGACUUCUCCAAGUGUUGCCAAUAAACCUCCUACAUUGCCACGAACUAAAUCCAAAACCUCAAACAAUAAUACAACACAAUCAGGAAGCAAGUCCAAGAAAGAGACAGUAACUUCUGCUACUGCAACUUCAGCAUUUGUAAGUGAUCAAGUUAAAAAGUUUCAAACUAGUUUUCAAUUGAAUCCAGUAAACACCUCCCCAAGUAAAACAUCAAUUAAUUCAAUUAUAAAUAUAGAUGAUAGUUCACUGCAAGCACCAACAGCAAGCCAAACUCCAUCACCUGCAGUUGAAUCAGCCACCGGUGGUACCAAGAGGAAAAGAAAUGUUAUAUAUUUUGAUGCAAAGAAACGUCGAUCCGGUUCACCAGCAGCAAGUAACUCACCAAAACAACCAUUACCAGUAGGUAAUAAUAACAAUACUCAAACCAUUUCACCAGUACCAAUUCUUGCCAAGGCUUCCACACCAUCAGCACAACCUGUAAAGAUACAACCACUGACUAAAUCUAGUACUACAUCAUCUAAAUCAACAUCGAAAUCAACUAAACCACAAACUCAACAGCUUCAAAAAUCACCAGUGAUAGAUAAAAAGUCAAAUUCUUCCGGUACAACAGGUAAUGGGACUCAAACUUCUUCUGCUACCACCACAACACUGAAGAGUGACCCGGUGAUUCCAGUUAAAGUUGCUGCUCCCACGGUGAUAGAUCUAUUGAAUAUUGAUGACGAAGAAGAGGUUGUUUCAAAGGAAGAAAAACCCGAAUCAACAACCACAGUCGAAAAGUCGUCCGAUAAACCGAAAGACAAAGAGAAAGAAAAGGAGAAAGAGAAACAACAGGAAGCUCCUAUUAUCGCAUUAGAUAUUCCGUUAUUAGACUCUAAAAAUCCUCAACCUGGUAAAGCUGAAGUCAUUGUAAAUGUAUUGAAAUUAGCAGAAGAAAAAUAUGGAUGGAGUGUAAUGCAUCCUAAUUCCAAAAAUGCCCUUGAUAUGAUGGAUGAUAUGAUAGAUGAUGAAGACGACGAUGAUAAUGACGAAGAUGAGGAUAUCAUUGAAGUUCCAAACCCAUCAGAACAACAACAGCAACAACAAGCAAAUUCAACAAGUGGUGGAAAAGAAUCAAAUUCUGGAGCAACCACUCAAAAGGGUAAGGAAUUGACUGAAGAACAACUAUUUAGACAGCAUGAAGUUAAGAUGAUUAGAAAAGUUGGGAAGUACGACUUUGAGGAUCCAUUUAUCGAUGAUGAAGAGUUACAAAUUGAGGAAGAUAUUUCAUCAACUAAAGAAGGUUUUUUUGUAUAUUGGGGUCCUUUGGUUGACGAAAAAACCGUCACCAAAAUCAAAAAGAAAAGAUAA